UGCAGUUGCCACCUUUCUUUAGCUCUCUUCAUUCCAGGGAUGGGAUUGUGCUGCUGAUAAAACUAAUCACCAAUCUGAACUGAAUUUCAUUCCUUUAGAAUGAAUACUUCAUAAUACUUGAGUACAUCUUGUGAAGGAAAAAGAAUCUGGACUUUUUUUAUUAAAUGGAUAAUACUUUUUUCUCUUGAGCCUAAAAUGAACAGCACAAGAAGAUGAGGAUAGCAUUGCAGAAAUCUGUUUAAUUUUUGGAGAAAAGGAAUACUCUAAAUUAAGAAUUUUCUCACGGAACACAGGUUUUCAAGCAACUCCAUGCAUACUGCAAAGAUGGUCCUUCUUGUGGGAACACUAUAAUGGAAUUCAGACAAGUUGAAAAUUGUAAUCUGUGCAAGAACAACAAGGACAGCCCAUUGAACCCAGUAUACUGGACCUGACAGUGACUGGAGGUGACAGUAAGAUUACAAUAUGUUUAGAAGUGCCAGAAGAUUUAGAAAAUGCCAGUUUAUGCAGUUGAUGACUACGUGCUUCAUACUCUCCCUUCUUAUGAUAUAUUGGGAACAACUUGACAACCACGUUGUAAGCCACAUGAAAUCUUACUCCUAUCGUUACCUUGUGAACAGUUAUAAUUUCCUAAACGACAGCCUUUCCAUAAGCAGUGAGGAAGCUAGUAGCUUGCCCAACUACCAGUACUUGAUCAACCACAAGGAUAAAUGUGAAAAGCAAAAUGUGCUCCUUGUGCUGUUUGUGAAAACAUCUCCGGAGAACCUAGAGAGACGUCAAGCUAUCCGCUCCACCUGGGGCAACGAGGAGUACAUCCACUCCGAGCUGAAGGCCAGUGUGAAGGUUGUCUUUGCACUAGGGGUUCACAAACAUCCAUUACAGAGAGAAGUCAUCCAAAGGUAUCUUGAAAGAGAAGACCGGCAGUACGGCGACCUUAUACAACAAGACUUUACUGAUGCUUUCCACAACCUCACCCUCAAGUUGAUCAUGCAGUUCAAGUGGGCUCACAUGUACUGCGGACAUGCCAAGUUUGUCAUGUCAGCGGACGAUGACAUCUUCAUCCAUGUACCCAACCUGGUGAAGUAUCUCCAAGACUUGGAUCAAAGAGGCGCCCGGGAUCUCUGGAUCGGACGUGUCCAUAGAGGAGCCCCUCCAAUCAGGAUCAAAGAAAGCAAGUAUUAUGUUCCCCAUGAGAUGUACCAGUGGUCUUCCUACCCAGAUUACACUGCAGGCGCUGCUUAUGUAGUUUCAGGGGAUGUAGCUGACAAAAUCUAUAGGGCAUCCAUGACUCUCAACACCACACUCUACAUAGAUGAUGUUUUCAUGGGAAUCUGUGCUACUAAAGCAGGGGUAAUUCCUCAAUAUCACACAUACUUCUCUGGGGAGGGGAAGGCCCCCUAUCACCCCUGUAUCUACAAGAAGAUGAUGACUUCUCAUGGACACUUAGAAGACAUUCAUUACCUUUGGAGGGAGGUCACAAAUCCAAAGCUUAAGACUUUCUCCUCUGGCAUACUGGGACAGCUGUACUGUACUGCUGUGAAAGCUUUUCUUCUUUGUAAACCGUAUUCUGUGGACACUUAUCCCUGCAGUGCAGUGUUUUCUUAAUACCGAUGAGUGACUGUAAAGAGCAUGGUGUGAAGUUGUUUGUAAAGAUGCAGUGUUUUUCUUUCCCUGCAGAUUGUUACAAGUUACAUUGUUUAAAUUGACGUUUACCUCACUCUUCUUUCAUUUAAUGGAAGCAGAAGCAUUAGAUUCAUAAGUACCUUUCCUCAAUAUUUUGUUUGCAUUUUUUUAUAGAUAAACUGCAAUGUAAUUGAUAAAAAAAACAAUUAAAAAAAAAAAAAAAAAAACACAAAAAAACCCCUGGAUUUUCAGUUUAAGUAGCUGAUGAAAAUCUACACUGCAAUGCUACUAACCAACUUUCUCUAUGUGAAAAUACAAUUAUAAUUGUGAGCAAGGUAAAGGGUAGAAAGGGUUUUGGUCGUGGCAAUGAACAGUUAUCACAGAACAGCUGGUUGGACAGAUAACUAAACACUUAUUUUAAUCACUCAUAAUGAGUUUAACAUUAGUCACAGUUAAUUUGUGUCCAGUGAGGGUAAGUUUGUUAUUUUUGACAGCUGCUUUAUACAUCUUUAUAAGUCAUAAGAUCAUCAAGAGCCAACGAGAGUGCUGUAUUUAGGUGUGUUGUCAUGUAGUAAAAACCACAAGUGGUCUGAGUAAAUAGUUUAAUCUCAAACAUCAAUGGCACACAAUAAAAAAUACAUUUCUGUAUAUUACACAAGGCAUUGCUUGCUUGACAACACCGUACAGUUCCAUAGGAAUCAAACAGUAUUCUUAUUGAGUGACCUCAUUGGGCCUACAAUUAAAACACAUCUCCUCAAGAUGAUGAGUACAAUACAUUUCAGUUGACUUAACCUUAUUUCUCCCUUUACCUUGUUCUCCACCAGUACAAUAUAUUUAAUUCAGUUUUACUGCACCCCUAAUGUGACCUAAAAGAUUGUGGUUUCCAUGGACCUUUUAGUAGGAUUACCCAUAAGGGUUAAGCUGUGAGUUGUGAAGCUUGGAGCUUUCCAGUGCU